AUGAGCGUGAGCGUCAAGUCGCCACGCAUGAUGGCCAAGCCCGGCGCGCGGUCGGUCGUGCCGUCCGACUCGCUCCCGCUGCAAAAGGCCCUUGAGGCCACAGGCGCCCGGCGCGGCGGUGUCCGCGUCAAGCAGCCACCGCGCGCCAAAUGGAUGGACAAGCGGCGCGCGCGCGUCGGCAGCUUCAUGAUGAACAUCAAGGUCGAGUUCUUCUUCAUCACGCUCGUCAUCACGUACGGCAUCUUUGUGCUGGUGCAAAUCGCCUUCUCCGAUACGUUUGCAGAGCACGACGCCGAGAACCCGGACGACCAGUACCAGCCGAUCUUCAACUACGUCGACUUGGUCGUCGGGUCGCUCCUCAUGCUCGAAUUGGGCCUCCGCCUCGUUGGCUUUGGCACCAACAUACUCAAGGGGUUUUGGAACCUAUUUGACGCGAUCGUCGUCAUCGGGUCGUUCGUGCUGGGCAUCAUCAGCGUCACGACCAGCUCGCACAACCAGUCCAAGCUCGUGGUCUCGCUGCUCCGGCUGCGCAUCAUUCUUCGCAUCUUUCGGCUCCUCGUGGUGUUUGAGCGCAUCAAGCAGCGCUCGAAAGCGAUUCAGUUUGCACACCGCGGCAAUCACGGCCUCCAGUCGCCGCUCGAAAUGGUCCUUGCGUGUCUCAACGAGCUGCGGUUCCACCCGGCGAUCAAGCCGACAACGCACGACGAGCUCGACUAUGCGAUCUACGUGAUCAAAAGCAACAAGCUCUACGACGCCAGCGAGCACUUGAUCCAGGGCCAAAACAUCGACGCCGAUACGCAAAACUACCUCCGCAACGUGCUGCUCAAGAAGAACGACAACGUCCUCGGGGACAAUGCGCAGAAUCCGUCGACGCCGCGCGGCAACAAUGGCACCGUCGACGACGAUGGGAAAGGCGGUCGGCAGGUGCCGCCGCUCUUGCGCAUGCAGUCGUCCAGCACCCACGACCUCUUCCCGCUCACCGAGCACAGCCGCGCCGAGUUCAAUACGCUCAUGACGUCUGUGAGCGAGUGGGACUUUGACGUCUUCCACGUCCACCAUGUGACGCGCGGCAAUGCGCUCUCGCAUAUGGGGUACUACCUUCUCCACGACAUGGCGCAAGACACGCUCAAGAUCGAAGGCCGCGUCCUCGCUGCGUUCCUGUUAGAGAUUCAGAAGGGCUAUAUUCUUACCAACCCUUACCACAACGCGAUCCACGCCGCCGACGUGAUGCAGACGUCCUACUACUUUAGCUGCCGCGCGUCGAUCGCGGGCUUUCUACGGCCGCUCGACAAGACGUUGCUAUUGCUCGCUGCCAGCAUCCACGACUACAAGCACGACGGCUUCAACAACGGCUUCCACAUUGCGACCGGGUCCGAGCUCGCGAUUCGCUACAACGACACAGCCGUGCUCGAAAACUACCACGUGGCGCAGACGUUCUUGACGAUGAAGGCGACAAGCUGCAAUAUGUUCCAGAACCUCGCGCCCGACGACUUCAAGUACGCGCGGGACAUGGUGAUUCAGAUGGUGCUGGGCACGGACAUGGCCAAGCACUUUGAAGACGUCGCGCUCUUCAAGGCGACGAUCAUGCCGGCCACGCCGGACGACGCCGUCGACAUCAAGUCGGCCGGGGACAAGAAGCUGCUGAUGAAGAUGAUUCUGCACACGUCCGACGUCUCCAACCCCGCAAAGAUGCGCAUCACGAUGGUGCGCUGGACGGACCGUGUCGUCGAGGAGUUCUUCCUCCAAGGCGACAAGGAGAAGGCGCUCGGGCUUGUCGUGUCGCCGUUCAUGGACCGCGUCACGAUUUCGCUCAAGAAGAUGCAAGUCGGGUUUGCCGACUUUGUCGUGACGCCGCUCUUCCACGUUUGGAGCAACAUUAGCGAGCAGGUCAAGGACGAGGGCUACCGCACGCUGCUCGAGAACCGCGAGUGGUGGAGCACUCGCGACGACGACUUCAAGCACGCGAUGCUGCCCGACAUUGCCAAGGAGCUUGGCGGCCACGACAGUCGCAUCAUGUCGAUGACGGAUCCGAGCAUGGGCAUCAUUGACGAGAGCGAGCCGCCGCCAGUCCUCUCGACGCAAUCGUCCAAAGUCAUGAGCCUCGGGCGGGAAAAGGCAGCAGCGUUAGAGCCGCUGCAAUCGAUACCGUCGUCGUCGCCGUAA